AUGGACCUCACGGCCUUCCCCAAUCUUCACUCCACGCAGUUGCCUGCGCAUGCUGGCGCAGCCCGCGCAGAAGAGAUUCUCGCGGGCCUUCCCCAGCUGCAAGACGAGGUAAUUCUGCGCGCGUGGGCUGCGUUGCUGCGCGCAUACACUGGCGCAGAUGCAGUGCGCUUCCUGGUCGACGACGCUGCGGUCGAGGUUGGCGCUACCAUCUCAACACUCGCGCCGCCGCAGCCCGCGUCGGACCUCGCCAACGUCACUCGAGUCUGCAUCAACUCGACUCCUUCGGCCCACCCGCCGCAGGCCCUUACUUUCCAAUACGACCGUGACGCGGCCUGGGGACGCCUCAUCUCCUCGGCUUAUCUGCCCGUCCACCACCUCCGCCACAUGGCGUCGCAGCUGAGACGCUGCAUCGCCCAGGCACACGCUUCGAGCGAAAGCUCGCCGCCUGUCUCUCUGUCAGUCCUCAACCCGCACCCGGCGGCGCUGGAAGGCCCACGGUUGCUUCAUCACCUGGUGCAAUGGACGGACCACUCCGCGAGGCCCGCCAUUGACUAUCUCGGUGCCGAUGGGAAGCGCGCCGAGCUGUCCUACUCCGCCCUAGACCGCCUGACGACGUCGCUGGCGAGCAUAAUUCUCUCCCACUUGACUCCGUCGAGGCCACACCCCGUGGUGCCCUUGCUUGUACCACAGUCUCCGGAGCUCUACGUCGCCCAGCUUGCCAUCCUGAAGGCAGGAGGCGCGUUUUGCCCCCUAAACUUAGAUGCGCCCCCAGAACGUGUGAAGUUCAUCAUCCAGGAUGUUUCCGCAAGGCUCGUCAUCACCACUCCUUCACUUCGCGAUAAGAUACCCCCAGCCAGCAAUGUUCAUGUUUUGCUGUUAGAAGACGGCUGUUCCAAUCUGGACUCGGCAGAUUGCGCGGAUUUCCCAGACCCCAGUCCGGAAGACCUUGCCUAUGUCAUGUACACCUCGGGCUCGACCGGCACUCCGAAAGGAGUCGGCGUUUCGCAUUCCGCUGCCACUCAGAGUCUGCUGGCCCACGAUCGCCACAUACCUUCAUUCUCGCGCUUCCUUCAAUUCGCCGCACCCACCUUCGACGUGUCGGUCUUCGAAAUCUUUUUUCCCUUAUUCAGAGGUUGCACACUUGUCACGUGCGACCGCACAGUUCUACUUAAUGAUCUCCCGGCAGCCAUGAGAACGCUGGAGGUGGAUGGCGCUGAACUUACCCCCACCGUUGCAGGGACCCUGCUGCAGACGCGCAGUGCUGUCCCGAAACUGAAACUUCUCCUUACGAUCGGCGAAAUGCUGAGUACCCAGAUCGUGCAGGAGUUCGGCGGCAAUGAAGGGCGGCCAAGCAUCCUGUGGGGCAUGUAUGGCCCCACGGAAGCUGCCAUACACUGCACCCUCCAACCAAGCUUUAGCGCGCAAUCUAAGGUGGGCAAUAUCGGAGUCCCACUAGACACCGUUUCAGCCUUCAUCGUCGCUCCCCCGCCCGAAGAUCAAUCCAUACCCGCCCCAUUGGAAAUUCUUCCCAUUGGUCAGGUUGGUGAGCUUGCCGUCGGCGGUCACCAACUUGCCGUCGGCUAUCUCAACCGGCCCGAGCAGACGGCUGCAGCUUUCGUCGAUCACCCGGAGUACGGGCGCUUGUACCGAACGGGAGAUAAGGCAAGGUUGUUGCCCGACGGUACCCUGGAGUGCUUGGGCCGUAUCUCUUCCGGCCAAGUGAAACUACGAGGCCAACGCGUCGAACUUGGAGAAGUGGAGCAAGCCCUGACAAACAUUAAAGGAUGCCGCAGUGUUACCGCUAGUGUCAUUUCGGGCAUUCUCGUCGCUUUUGUUCUUGCGCAAGAUCUCAGCCUCACCGCUCAACAGGUCAUUGAAGAAUCCAAGCGUUGGCUUCCAGCGUUCAUGGUGCCUGGAGAUGUCGUCAUAUUGGAUGACAUCCCUCGAUUGCCCUCUGGCAAGGUUGACCGCAAAACGCUCGAGGCUAGCUACAGGGACCAACAAGGCACUGAGCGCCCUGUGCGAACUGAACAUGCAGACGAGACUGAACGACGCAUUUGCACUAUACUCACUAGUGUCCUCCAAGAGACGGUACAUCCAACAAGCAACCUUGCUGCCCUCGGCCUUGACUCAUUGAAGGCGAUACGGGUAGCUUCGGCAUUGCGGUUGUCGGAUUAUUCGCUUGGUGCUGUUGAUGUACUAUCUGCACGCGACGCUCAGUCUCUCAGAUUACUGCUCAAAGAUCGUAGCAUCGCGACAGGACUCUCGAGCUCCUCAAAUGACACGUUCAAGGACCUUAAGCAAGCCGUCUUGAAUCUGAACGAGGUUCGCCGCCACAUCUCUGACGUCGAAGAUGUUCUUGGAUGCACACCUUUGCAAGCCGCUAUGCUUGCCGAGACUUCCAUCAACCCACGGGCGUACUGUAACUGGGUUGAGCUUGAAAUUCAUCAAGAGUGCAGCGCAUCCCAGCUCAAGGGUUGGUUGACAGAGCUGGCAAAAAAGAACAACAUUCUGCGCUCCGGCUUCUGUAGCCUGACAGGUUCGACGCAUUCAUAUGCGCAGAUCAUCUGGUCGGCGCUUUCCGACAGCCAGAUGGUUGAAGUCGAUGAAUUUGAAAAGAACUACGAGCUCAGCUCACCCGAGUCUUUGCUAAGGCCGCUCAAGUUCCAAAUUUUGACCUCGACCAGUCGCCCCAGGAUUCUCUGCCAGAUUCCACAUGCCCUCUACGAUGGAUGGUCUAUGGAUCUGAUUGUGUUUGACUUGAAUACUCUCAUUUCCGGCGGCGAGAUCCCGGCGAGACCUCAAUUCCGUGAUGUAGCUGUCCACUUUGCUACCACAUCGGCGACUGAUCUCGAACCUUCGCUUAAUUAUUGGAAGAAGCAGUUGGAGAGCUACACGUAUGCUCCAAUUCCCAAUUUCAAUGGCAGGAACGUGCAUGCAAACACUCUUGCUGUCACGGGGCGUGCUCUGUCCACACCUCUUGAACAUCUGAGGCACCAAGCCAGCACAAUCAAAGUUAAUACCCAGGUGUUCUUCCAAGCGGCUCUUGCGGUCCUUGCAAGUUUCUACUUCAACAAUAACGACAUUACCUUCGGAACCGUUACUUCUGGUCGAACCAUUCCUGUCUCCGGGAUUGAAGAAAUCAUUGGGCCUUGCAUCGCCACCCUGCCUCUCCGGUUGGACGUUUCUCGUUCUCGCACGGUCAAGGACCUACUUCUUCAAAUCCAUGAGCUCAAUCGUGCGAUGCUCAGCCACUGUGAGUUGCCGCUGCGCGACGUCAAGAAAGCCUGCGGUCUGGCACCUGGAAGUCCGCUUUUCGAUAUGCUCUUUGUAUGGCAAGAAUCGUUGCAAAGCAGCGAAAACAAGGACAGCCUGGUCUCACAAGUCGAUGGCGCAGACCAGCUCGAGUUUAGGUUGACCCUAGAGUUUGAGCCCCGCGCAACUGGUGUUGUCUCCAAGGCAACUUACGACCCUGCUGUUCUGCCGAAGGCUCAAGUUGACAUCAUAAUAUCGCAAAUCGAACAGCUUGUUGGCUUCUUCUCACAGAAUGUUGACAUGGAGCUUGCUCAGUCAAUCCAACGCAUGGAUCACUCUGUACUGUCAAUUGAAAAUGCCGACUUCAAACAUGAGGAAAUUCUGGAAGGACCCAGCCACGCUGUGGAAACCAAGGCCGAGCAAUGUCCAGAUGCUCCAGCAAUUGCCUUCAGCAGUAAUAUCACUGAAGGUGGCAUCCAGACGCAAACGAUGUCUUACAGACAACUCAAUGAGAGAGCGAACCAGCUUGCAGGUCUUCUCCUCUCUCACGGCGUCGGACCUGAAGAGCUCGUCUGCAUCUGCAUGGAAAAGUCAACCGAUCUAUACGUCUCGAUCCUUGCAACCUUGAAAGUUGGGUCCGGAUACGUUCCCAUCACUCCGGAGACACCUCUUGAGCGAAUUCGAUUUAUCCUUCAUGAGGCAAAAGUACGCAUCUGCCUAACAAGGAGCGACUGCCUUGCCGAUAUCCGUUCACUUGGAGAGCGUGAUGUUUUGGACGUGGACAAAGUCAACCUCGAUGGUUUCAGCACCGAGAAUCCAAACGUGCCCUACGAUGGAUCUCGUGUGGCGUACGCAGUGUUCACUUCCGGUAGCACAGGUACACCUAAGGGAGUUCUUGUCACACAAGACAAUCUCGUGAGCAAUCUGAAAGUUCUUUCGGAGAUAUAUCCCUGCCCUGAGGGUUCUCGGCUUCUCCAAUCUUGCUCUCAGGCGUUCGAUGUCUCCGUCUUCGAAAUAUUCUUUUCGUGGUACGCAGGCAUGUGCCUUUGCUCUGGCACGAAGGAUGAGCUCUUCCAGGACAUGGAACUUGCAAUUCGCCAAAUGGGCAUCACUCAUCUCAGCUUCACACCGACGGUGGCAGCAUUGGUGAACCCAGACAAUGUUCCAAAUGUCAAGUUCCUUGUCACAGCGGGUGAGGCUGUCACUGAGCACGUGAAAAGAACCUGGGCGGGCAAGGGUCUUUAUCAAGGCUAUGGUCCAUCUGAAACAACGAACAUCUGCACGGUCAGGCCCAGGGUCACCGAGGAUGACUUGAUCAACAACAUUGGUGCCCCAUUCACUAAUACCUCUGCCUUUGUUAUGGAUGAGACUAGGGACAUUCUCAUUCCCAGAGGUGGCGUUGGCGAGCUGUGCUUUGGUGGAGAUCAGGUCUUCCGCGGCUACCUCAAUAUGCCCGAACUUACCGCGAAAAAGAUCAUUGACCAUCCCACGUGGGGUCGGAUCUACAGAUCCGGAGACAUGGGCCGCCUCUGCCCCGAUGGAUCAAUCCUGUUCACUGGUCGGUCGGACGAUCAGGUCAAGCUACGCGGUCAGCGGAUAGAACUUGGAGAGAUCAACAGUUGCAUCCUCGACUCGGCAUCGGUCACAGACUGCGUCACUCUCCUAAUGGGUAUUCAGAAUCGAACUGCUCAGCAGCUGGUGUCUUUCUGGGUGCCUCUUGGCUUCUCUUCUCCGGACACUCAAGUUGUGCCUAUUGAGGACAAGACGCAAAAGACUGUAGCCGAGGUUUUCAGCAACUUAGCAAACAAGCUCCCAGCCUAUAUGCUGCCCAACGCUCUUGUUCCUGUCACAUCCAUCCCAAUGACCACUCAAGGCAAGACGGACAAACGCAAGCUUACAGCUCUGUACGAGCAACUGACGCCGGAUUAUAUCGAUUUGGUCUCACGAAAGUCCGAGGAGCUUGACGAAACCGGCGACUGGUCCGAACUUGAGAGUGCGAUCGCCAACAUCCUUGCCAGCGUUCUAAAGAUGCCAACGGAUGAGAUCAAGAGGCAGGCUUCAUUCUUUGCCUAUGGGUUGGAUUCAAUCUCGGCUAUCUCUCUGUCUAACGGACUCAAGGAAGCCAACUUACCACGUAUUCCAGUCUCAGCCAUCCUUCAGAAUGCAACUAUCGUGCGCUUGGCGAGGUUCAUUUCGGAAAAGACUUCGGGUUCCGAUGUUCGGCCUCAAGCUGUGGACCCGACCACCGUUUUCAGUGAUUCUACUCGGGAACAAAUUCUGUCCGCGUUUAGCGACGAGAAGAUCCGUGUCUCCAAAAUCCUGCCGUGCAGUCCUCUGCAGGAGGCCAUGCUUUCGGCUGGAGGGGCUUCUGAGACAGCUACGUAUCUCAACAAGAUGGUUUUCAAAGUCCAAGGGGAUCACGCUCGCCUGCGGGAAUGCUGGACUGCCAUGUGCAAACGGCAUGAAAUUCUCAGGACCUGCUUCAUCGCCACAGAAGACCAUCGAUAUGCUUUUGCACAGGUUGUUCUUGAGGAAAGUGCGCCUCACUGGGACGAGAUCGAUGCAAAUGACGCCGAGCUUGAUGCCAGAAUAAACGAAUACGUGGAAUCGAUUGUCGCAUCCAUGGCUGAAUCCACACAACCUCCGCUUCGGUUUGCAACGAUACAGACAGAAAACUCCAGCCACCUGCUCUUCUGCUGCCAUCAUGCCCUAUAUGAUGGCGCAGCCAUGGGUCAAUUAAUGACAGAGGUGGAGAAGAUGUAUCGUGGCAACGACCUGCCACCGGUUUCGUCUUUCGACCAAUUCCUGGCUGAGAUGAUCCAAGCCAAGUUCAGUGGCGAUGGCACACGUCUUUUUGAUACCCUUUUCAUUCUUCAGCAGUCCAUCUACAGCCUGGAUGAAAACAUCUGGUCUUUAGAGGAAGAUUCCGGAGAGAUGGAUUUUCCUCUUGUUUGUGAGCUUGUUCCCGAUCGUCGCAAUGAUACCCUCGCACUCGUUCUGCAUUUCCAUGAAGCGUUUAUCGCGAAGGAGGACAUUCGUGUGAUCCACGACACGUACGCUGCAACGUUGAAGGCGUGCACUCAGGACCCAUCCGCGCACCAUUUCGAUGCCACGCAUCUUCCUGAGGGUCUCCUUUCCACGAGUAACCUUGAUUUCAAGACCAUCGAGCCUCCCGCUGGGCCAUUACUCCAUUCAGCGUUUGAACGGAAUGCCGAGGAAAUUCCCCACGCGCUGGCAUUGGAUUUCCAACAUGCAGAUGGAAGCCGUGGCCGAUGGACCUUCAACGAACUGAACCAGAUCUCGAACCAAAUUGCCCACGCUCUCCUGCAAUACGGUGUGGGUUUCGACGAGGCCGUUCCGAUUUGUAUGCCGAAGUCGCCACACUACUACGCCAGUGUCCUCGCAGUGCUCAAGGCCGGAGCAGCAUUCACGCCAAUCGAUGUCAACCUUCCUGUGUCUCGGAAGCAAUUCAUGCUCCAAGAGCUCGGUGCGAAGGUGGUCAUAUCGAACGCAAUGAUAGACACGCACUGGUGUGGAAAGACCCAGAUCUUGUUUGUCGAAACAAUCGGAUCCUCCUCGACGCACAAUCCGAACGUCACAGGCCUAAGGCCAGAUCAUCUCGCCUACAGGCUGUAUACCUCGGGCUCGACGGGAACACCAAAGGCAGUGAGCGUUGAGCACCGCAAUCCUAUCCAAACGGUAGAAGCGUCCCGGACCAUCAUUCCAUGGAGCCCGGAGUCCCGCCUCCUUCAGUUUGCUGCGACUACGUUCGACAUGUGUUACUACGACUGCUUCCUCGCUUGGUCCUUCGGCUUCACUCUUUGCGCCGCUGAGCAACCAAUGAUGCUCAAUGAUACGCCCGGAAUAAUAGAUUCAAUGCAGGUUACGUUGGCCGAUCUAACCCCCUCGGUCGCUCUGAGCUUGCCACAAGACGCUGUUCCGACCCUGCAAUAUCUGUAUUGCAUUGGAGAGGCGAUGCCGCAGGAGCUUGUGGAUCGAUGGGCUGGAAAGCUCGUCAACUCCUACGGCCCUACCGAAGCUGCUUUCUGUGUUACCAUUUUCCCCGUAUCGAAGGAUAUCAAGUCGGCUGUUAUCGGAAAACCAUUCCCUACCACAAGUUUCAUCGUGCAGUCUCGGGACGGCCUCUCUACCCUGCCCGUGUUCGGCGUUGGUGAGCUGUACAUUGGUGGCUCUCAAGUGGCUCGCGAGUACCAUGCCAACCACGAAAUGACUCAAACGCGGUUUGUUUCCUGCCACGGCCAGCGCUUCUACAAAUCGGGAGAUGUGGUUCGAAUGCUCGGAAACGGGACCUUUGAGUUCGUUGGACGUGCCGAUGAUCAAGUCAAAAUUCGUGGUCUUCGUGUUGAGCUUGGCGAAAUCAGCGCUGUUCUGCGAGACUCUCACGAUGCCAUUACCACUGUCUCUACGCAGGUCCUCAAGGCCUCCGAGUCUUCCAAGGAUCAGAUUGUGGCUUUCUUGGCGGUGGGGUCGGACAAGGACAACCUCGACGCCGAUGAGAUCAAGAACAAAGCCAGGAAAUCCGCCGCGGACAAGCUACCGUCCUACAUGGUGCCAAACUUCCUUAUCUUGGUCGAUCGCAUCCCACUUUCUGCCGCCGGGAAGGUGGACAAGCGGACUCUCAAGACAAUCUUCCAGGAUUCUGAGGAGGCAAGGCAGGAGACCGCUGAAGUCCAUGAUGAGCGCGACUGGACUCCCACUGAGCUCGAAAUCAGGGAGGCACUGGCAAGCCUGUCGAAGGUUGCACCUGGAAGCAUUGGCUUGCAGACAACCAUAUACCAACUCGGUCUCGACAGUAUCAGCGCCGUGCAGGUCGCGGCCCGGCUGAGGAAGAGGGGCUUCAAGGUCACCGCAUCAGACGUCCUUGAUCGCCCAACCUGCGCGGAGCUCGCGCUGCUUCUGCAAAGCGGAGGAUCUCACGUAUCGAACGAGCAGAAGUUCGACUUCAAGGGCUUCGAGGAGCGUCACCUGCAGGAUAUCUCUCGAGACCUUGGAAUCAACGCUGACGAUAUUGCCGCCGUCCACCCGUGUACUCCACUACAGGCCGGCAUGAUCUCGCAAUUCCUCCACUCCGAGGGCAAGAUGUACCUCAAUUACAUGCAAUACAGGUUUGAAAACAUCAGCCUGGACUCCUUGGAGCAGGCCUUGCGCUUGCUUUACGAGAAGCACGAGAUCCUGCGGUCUGGAUUUGUGCAUGUCAAUAGUACUCAGUCACCAUUCGCUUUGGUCACGUACGCACAUGACGCUUCCCUUGCGCCAGUAUCUACGAUGGAGGAGUCUGAAUCCGUUGAGGCAAAGGUUCUAGAAUGGCGAGAAGAUUCCCGGCGGGAUAUCUUGCGUGGCCUCCACAAGAAUGCUUUCCGUGCGCUCUUGAUCGAUUCCACGGACGGAGUCUCUCUCCAUAUCUCCAUCCUACACUCUUUGUAUGAUGCCCUCAGCUUGCGCAUUCUUCUCGACGAGGUCACGGCCUUUUGUCUUGACGGGAAGGUGCCUGCACCCAAGCCAUUCCAACCCAUCCUGAGCUCCAUCCUCCUUUCAAGCAGUGAUGAAAGCGAAGAACGCAAGCAAUUCUGGGAAGAGAAGGGAAAUGACAUCUUUGUCAACGCUUUCCCCAGUAUGACCCCGCUCCGUGUCAAAGAAGGUCCGACUUUGGUCUCGUCCAAAACCUGCUCUCAAAGUCAAACUCAACUCGAGGCGGGCUGUCGCAAGACCGGAAUCACUGUUCAAGCUGCCGGCCAAGCUGCUUGGACUCGCCUCCUUUCGGCGUACAUUGGGGAGGAUGCUGCGACUUUCGGUGUCGUCUUCUCCGGUCGGAAUGACGAGAGCGCUGAUGAUAUUGCUUUCCCAUGCAUCACCACUGUUCCAUUGCCUGCUCGUAAUAACCCGAGCAACCGUGCUCUUCUCAAUAGCAUGAUGGCAUUCACCACUACUGUCCGCAAGCACCAGUUCACGCCUCUCACAAAGAUUCAGCGCUGGACGGGCCAUCCGGACGAGGCUCUAUUUGACACCAUAUUUGCCUAUCAGAAGCUCUCAAGCGGAAGCGGCAGGAAAACUCACUGGAAGCUGGUUGAUGAAGAUGCAACCGUCGAUGCCGCUGUGUCCAUUGAGCUUGAGCCUACUGAUGGAGACCAGCUCGAGUUGAGAAUCACUUACAGGUCAGAUCGCCUUCCCGAGGAGCAGGCAAAGGUGAUGCUCGAUCAGCUAGACCAGAUAUUGGUUGACCUCAUCUUUCACCCUGACGGACAGGUGGACGAUGCCUUCCAAAAGUCGCAAGAGCUUCUCUCCAUCACACCUCCCAAAGAGCGCGAGAUUCAGACAGACGUCAGCCUUCUCCACGAAUUCGUCGAAAGGAGUGCCCGCCAGCACCCUGACAAGAUUGCCUUCGAGUUCGCAACGGAGAUUGAGGAUAUGAAGGUCACCAGUCGAUGCUGGACCUACAAGGAACUGGACGAAGAGGGUAACAAGAUUGCCAACCUCCUGAAGAGUAACGGCGUCGAGCCAGGUGGUUUAGUGGCGAUCUGUUUCGACAAGUGCCCUGAAGCCUCUUUCGGUAUUCUGGGUAUCCUGAAAGCGGGAUGUGCCUACGUUGCUUUGGACCCCGGAGCACCCGUCGCGCGCAAAGCAUUUAUUACUCAUGAUUCGAAGGCGUCCAUGGUUGUGUCGAUGAAGAGCCAGACGGAACCUCUACAGGGCCAGGUCAGCGUGCCGAUCAUCAAUCUCGAUGAAGUCGACUACUCAAAGCUCUCGGCCGGAAAGCCUGAACUGUCAAGAUCCAUCACCCCUCAGGACCUCAGCUACUGCCUCUACACUUCCGGGACUACGGGAACACCCAAAGGAUGCGAGCUUACCCACGAGAAUGCCGUACAGGCUAUGUUAGCUUUCUCGAGGCUCUUCUACCCGCGUUGGGAUUCAGACUCAAAAUGGCUCCAGUUUGCUUCUUUCCAUUUCGACGUUUCAGUCCUCGAACAAUACUGGACCUGGUCUGAAGGCAUUAGGCUCGUUUCUGCACCAAGAGAUUUGAUUUUCGAGGACCUUGCUGGCUCUAUCACUGCCCUCGGCAUUACUCACAUUGACCUGACGCCCAGUUUGGCCAAGCAGUUGACACCGGACCAGGUGCCAACCCUUCUGAAGGGUGUCUUCAUUACUGGUGGCGAGGCGUUGAAACAGGAGAUCCUUGAUGACUUUGGCAAAUACGAGGUAAUCCACAAUGGUUACGGCCCUACAGAAGCAACCAUCGGUGUGACCAUGUUCCCUCGCGUUCCGGCCAACGGCAAACCUUCUAACAUUGGCCCUCAAUUCGACAAUGUUGGGUCCUUCGUCUUCAGGCCCAACACAAGUAUUCCGGUCAUGCGAGGUGCGGUCGGUGAGCUCUGCGUUUCCGGAAAGCUGGUUGGCAAAGGAUACCUUAACCGUCCAGACCUCACCAAUGAGAAGUUCCCGUAUCUGGACGAGUUUGGCGAGAAGGUUUACCGCACCGGCGACUUGGUUCGUAUCCUGCACGACGGAUCAUUCGAUUUCCUGGGACGUGCGGAUGACCAAGUCAAGCUCCGCGGUCAGCGCUUGGAGAUAGGCGAGAUCAACAGCGUCAUCAAUCAGUCGGAAGCCGAGGUUUUGGAUGUUGCUACCCUGGUGCUGAAACAUCCCAAGCAACAAAAGGACCAGCUUGUCAGCUUCAUUGUGACCAAGUCGACACUUGUCAAGAAGCAAAAACCUGCCGUGAGCCAGGGUGGAAAAGAGGCCAUGCAGGUGGCUGCAGAAGCAUGCCGGUCGAAGCUUUCAGCUUACAUGGUUCCUACUCACUUCAUCCCUCUUACGUCAAUGCCGCUCUCUCCGAACAACAAGGCCGAUGGCAAGCACCUCAAGCAGCUCUACUCCGAACUUAGUCCCGAGCAACUUCAGUCUAUCUCAACAUCAUCGGGAGACGGUGGUGCUAUUUCUACUGCCGAUGAGAAGAAGGUUGCCGAGGUACUCGCUUCAAUGGCGUCGGUUGAUGGCAGCGACAUCUCGAGGAGCUCUAGCAUCUUUGAGCUUGGUCUCGACUCGAUUUCCGUCAUCGGCUUCGCCGGUGCGCUGAGGAAGGCCGGUUUCCGCAACGCUCAGGCAUCAGUUGUCAUGAAGAAUCCUGUCCUUAGUCGCCUUGCUAAGGCUCUCUCCUCGAAGGAUUCUGGAGCGGACCGAGCCUCUAUUCAAGCAGCCAAACAGACGAUUUCUGCGUGCCAGCAUCAAUAUAAGGCGAUCGCAUCCCGGUCGCUUGGUGUGCAGCAGAAUGCGAUUGAAGGCAUCGCCCCUUGCUCCCCGCUCCAGCAAGGUAUCAUCUCUCGCUCACUGGAAAGCGAUAAACCAGUCUACUUUGCGACUUUCAGGUUUGAACUUUCUCCAGAUGUUGACCUGUCCAAGUUGCAGGCCGCUUGGGAGAAAGCGUACAGAUCGAUCCAAAUUCUGCGUGCCCGGUUCAUUCCCACGGAUAACGGCUACAUCCAGGUUGUUCUCCGUGAUCAGCCACUACCUUGGGUUGAGACGUCAGUGACAAAUCCCGAGGAAGUUGAAGAGUAUCUCGACACGCGAAAGCUCAAGUGGUGGUCGCAAAAUAGAGACAAGCUUAUGAGACCUUUCGAACUUGUCACAACUGUCUCUCCUGGGAAGAAGAUUCUGUCGGUCCACAUUAUGCACGUUUUGUACGACGGUGCCAGUCUUCCAAUGCUUCUCCAAGCAGUCGAGGCUGAAUACAAGGGAAGCCAACAAGUCGACUUUGGGCCUGCUUUCUUAGAGGUACUGCCUUACGGCCCCCUGAGGAGCAUGCCUGAAGCCAAGUCAUUCUGGACUGCCCAUCUGUCCACAGCUCGAAGUUGCAUCAUGCGUGGCCUUACCUCCUCCCCUCAAGACCAGGACAUCACCGUCAGUGGAACCCUGGAAGCUUUGGACUCGUUUGAAAGUACCAGGAGGAAACUCGAUGUGACGCACCAAGCAUUGGUACAAGCUUGCUGGACAUCUGUUCUUCAGAAACACUUUGAUGGCGCCGUCACACUUGGUAUGGUCGUCUCUGGCAGGUCAAUCGACUUUGAGGGAGCUGACCGCACCAUCGGACCCAUGUUCAACACGAUUCCCUUCCAUAUCAACUUUACCCAGGACGACACAUGGUCCCAGGUCGUGCGCAGAUGUCAUGAGUUCAAUACUUCUGCCCUUCCAUAUCAGCAUACCCCACUUCGCGACAUCAUGAAGUGGAGUAAGCGGGCCCCCAGCGAGCCUCUGUUCGACACUCUCUUCGUCUUCCAGAAGGAGCUUGAGGAUGGUGAACCUGACAAGUCUUUGUGGUCAUUGUUGGAGGAUCAGCCCGAAGCCGAUUACCCGCUUGCACUUGAAGUGGAGCAAAAGCAAAAUGGAUCGUUGGGCUUGACAAUCGUAGCUCAAGGGCAUAUUGCCGAUCGCGAGGCAUUGGUCGCCCUCCUGAGCGAGUUCCGGGCUGCUCUUCAAAAUCUGCUCGAAAACCCCGAGGCGCUCGUUUCGGGCACUGUCGGUGAGAUCCACUCAGUCAGCCCAGCCUACGCCAACGGUGUCAACGGACACGCAAACGGCCACCUGAACGGUGUCGAAGGUUUUGAAUGGACGCCUGUUGCCCGUCGCCUUCAGGAAGAGAUUGCGACUCUUGCAGGAAUCGAGCCGUCCGAGGUAGAUGAGCACAUGACCAUCUUCGAGCUCGGCUUGGACAGUAUAGAUGCCAUCAAGCUCUCUUCAAGACUGAAGAAGAGCGGAAUCAACCUGCCUGUCAGUCAGAUCAUGCGUAGCUUGACGAUCCCAAGGAUGGCCAACGAGGUCACCGAGAAGACUGCCGAUAGCCAAGCCGUAACUCCAGGAGCCACUCUCGACUCUCAGCAAGCCAAGCUUACAGAGCAUUUCCGGAAUGCUGGUGGCAAAUACUUGGAGAACGUGGAGCGGAUCUUGCCAGCUACUCCUCUGCAAGAAGCCAUGGUCGCCGAGAUGUUGUCCUCAGAGUUCCAUCACUACUUCAAUCAUGACGUCUUGAAACUCGCGCCAAGUGUGGAUAUCGAGAAGAUGAAACAGGCGUGGGUCGGCGUGUACCGCAGUUCAGCUGUUCUUCGCACGACCUUUGAAGAAGUGGACGACCCUGACCUCGACAUGUCAUUCGCGCAGGUUGUCCGCAAACCCCAAGGUUUCGUCGUUGGAGAAAUCGAGGCCGCUUCACCUGAUGACAUUGACACCAUAGUGAAUAGGAUCAGGUCCCAAACUGCUGAACAUGGUGGCAAAGCAGACCUGUUCCAAGUCAACAUCAUCCGGUGCAAGUCCGACGUCUACCUUGUUCUAUCCAUCGCGCACGCUCUGUACGAUGGCUGGUCUCUGGGGCUCCUUCACAACGACGUGCAGGCUGCAUAUGCCGGUGACGUCCAUGUCCGACCUGCGUACGACCAUGUUCUAGAGGACAUCCUUAAUGCGUCGGGAGAGAAAGCUGCGACUUUCUGGCGCGACUUCCUCGGUGGAGCACCGAGCGGACUUCUGUCAGAAGGUCGCGUGCAAGAUCUCAGCACCGGACUACAGGUUCACCGGAAGGAGCACACUGGAUCCGUCUCUGUUGAAACGCUCCGUGCCUUCUGCAAGAAUGCCGGCAUCACUCUGCAAGCUCUUGGUCAGACCUGCUGGUCGCUUGUUCUGUCAUCUUACCUCGGCAGACUGGAUCUCGUUUUCGGCGUGGUCCUAUCGGGAAGAGACAGUCAUGAAGCGGAAGAUGUCAUGUUCCCGACGAUGAAUACCGUGGCAGUCAGAUCCAUCAUCCAUGGCACGAGGAAGGAUAUGCUGAGGUAUAUGCAAGAGAACAUCAGCACCAUGAGACAGUUCCAGCACUACCCACUCCGUAAGGCUAAGGCCGCAGCAGAGACCAACGGCAAGUCUCUCUUCGACACGCUAUUCAUCUUCCAAACUCGACCCGGCGACGACGACCAAGGAGCCUCCGAGGCACCGUACGAGUCUGUUGGAGGCGCCGCUGAUGUCGAAUAUCCUGUGGCUGUCGAAAUGGAGGCCGUAGGAGACAAUCUCGUCUGGCGCACGGCGUGCAAGUCGAACGUGUUUGAUGAAGAAGGCUCCCAACAGCUUCUCAACCGCGUUGAUGCCGUCAUGAAGAGCAUCAUUUCUUCUCCCGAUGCUGGCGUCGUUUCAUACGGCGAUGACGGCGCUUCGGUUUGCGGCCUACCUCCGUUCAGGGACCAGUCUGCCGAGAAUAGUGAUGCCGAAGAGGACAGAGCCCUGACCAAUGGCACUAGUGCUUCGACGGAGUGGACCGAGUCCGAAAAAAUGAUCCGCGAGGUUCUCUCCGCAGUCUCAAAGGUUCCGGAACUGGACAUCACAAAGGAUCUGACGAUAUUCCACUUGGGUCUAGACUCAAUCAGCGCUAUCAAGGUAUCCUCGCUGCUUAAGAAGAAGUCGAUCAAGCUCAGUGUUAGCGAGAUGCUGCGCGCGGCUACGGUUGAAAAGAUGGCUCAGAUCGUUGAGAGUCGGAAAUCGAGUGCUACCACGGCGCCUGACGCCGACCCGGCCAAGGUUUUGACAGGUAUCCUCCACCCGCUGAACGUGGAAGGUCUCUUGAACGAUGCCAAGAUCUCACCUGAGGACGUCGAACAAGUCACCCCAGCCACUUCCGGCCAGACAUUCAUGCUGUCUGUCUGGCAGAAAACCGAAGGAUCUCUCCUGUUCCCCAGUUUCAAGUAUCACAUCAAGGACACUGUUGACGAGGAACGUCUCCGCGAGGCAUGGGCUGCCCUUGUUUCCGCCAACCCCAUCCUCCGAACAAUGCUGGUUGCCACUGGAAACAAGGAGACACCGUUCAUCCAGGUUGUCUUGAAGCAGGCUGAGCAAGGGUUCCAGGCAAUCAACGCCCACACUCCAACUUCGAGCCCCAAGAAGCUUCAGAAGAAGCGAAGCUCCUCCAGAACCAGGUCGUUGAUUCGCAAGGUUUCACAGAAAUUCAAGAAUGUGCUGGGCCGCCACUCAGAGGGAGAGCGUGAGCCGCUGCAGAGCUGGGAGCCGAUGCCAUCAAACAUCAGGCAGCCCUUUGCCAAACUUGUUGCCAACAAGCAGCACGACGGCUGGCUGCUCACCGUCAAGCUCCACCACGCGCUUUAUGACGGCGUCAGCCUCCCCAUCCUGAUGCAGCAAUACGAAGCCCUGUGCAACCAGCCGUCCGCGAAGCCGAACCCUCCAGCGGCCUUCCCUGCGCUCAUCGCCGCGUCAGCAUCCGCCGACGCCGCAUCAAAGGCAGAGGCCUUCUGGUCAAGCUACCUCAAGGACGCCGCGCCGGCUGUCAAGUUGCUGCAACAGCCCCGAUCCGCACGCCCGGGCCGCGUCAGCGUGUUCAAGCCCGACAUCUGCGACUCGGUCGCCGCGCUGGAGGCGGCCGCGAUGAAGCAGGGCCUCAACGUGCAGUCCCUCUUCCUGGCCGCGUACGCACGGCUCUACGCCGGCCUCGCGGGCACCCACGACGAUGGCGGCGACCAGGGCGUCGUGUUCGGCAUCUGGCUCGCCAACCGCUCGCACGCCAUCGACGGCCUCGCAGAGGUCGCGGCGCCCACGGUCAACCUCGUGCCGCUGCGCGUGCGCGGACCGCUCGGUCGGAGGAGCGUCUUUGAGAUCGCGAGGGAGGUUCAGGAGGAUCUGAGGAGCAUCGGCAGCGUGGAGAACGCCGGGGCCGGGCUGUGGCAGAUUGAGCGCUGGACGGGCGUGAAGGUGGAUUCGUUUGUGAACUUCUUGAAGCUGCCGGAAUCGGGCGAAGAGGCGGCGGGCAAGAGCGAGGCUGGUGUAAAGGUGCGGGAGGUGGAGAACGAGGAGAUGAAGGGUGGAUGGAGCAGGGUGGAGAAGAGCGAGGACGGGCCCUUUGAGGUGCCGGCCGAGUUGAAGAACAACGUGGUUGGUGACGCUUACCUGCAUUCUCUCGAUGUCGAAGCGACCACCAGGGGAGGAAGAUUGGACAUGGGCGUCUUUUGCAACGUCGAGCUGCUGGAUCUCGCGAAGGCCGAGCAGCUGGUGAACGACAUGGCCGAGGAGUUCAAGGCCAUGAUGGAGUAA